UACACCCUGCUAGUAAGAAGUUGAUUUUGACAUGAUAGCAUCACACAGCUGCACAUCCAUGAUGCCAGUCUCCCAUUCCACAACAUUCCAAAAGUGCUACUGGAUUGAGAUCUGGUGACUGUGGUUACUCCUGGAGUACAGUGAACUUAUUGUCAUGUUCAAGAAACCAGUUUGAGGUGGUUUAAGCUUUAUGGCAUGGUGCAUUAUCCUGCUGGAAGUAGCAUCAGAAGAUGGUCCACUGUGGUCAUAAAGGGAUGGACAUGGUCAGCAACAAUAUUCAGGUAGGCUGUGGUGUUUGAACAAUCCUCAGUUGGUACUAAGAGGUCCAAAUUGUGCCAAGAACAUAUCCUCACACCAUUACACCUCCAACAGCAGCCUGAACCAUUGAUACAGUCCAGGAUGGAUCCAUGCUUUCAUGUUGUUUACUCCAAAUUUUGACCCUACAUCUGUAAUAGAGACUCAUCAGACCAGGCAACUUUUUCCGUCCAAUUUAGGUGAACCUGUGUCAACUGUAGCCUCAGUUUCCUGUUCUUAGCUGACAGGAGUGGCACUCGGUGUGGUCUCCUGCUACUGUAGUCCAUCUUCUUCAAGGUUCCACACGUUCUGAGAUGGUGUUGUGCAUUCACUGCUUGUAAUGAGUUAUUAUUUGAGUUACAGUAUCAUCUCCAACUAGUCUGCCCAUUCUCCUCUGACCUCUCACAUCAACGAGGCAUUUUUGUCCAAAAAUCUGUCACUCACUGGAUAUUUUCUCUUUUUCAGACCAUUUUCUGUAAACCCUGGAGAUGGUUGUGUGUGAAAAUCCCAGUAGAUCACAGCAGUUUCUGAAAUACUCAGACAACAACAAUGCCACGUUCAAAGUCACUGAAAUCCUCUUCCUUGUCCAUUCUGAUGCUCUGUUUGAACUUCAGCAGGUUGUCUUGACCACGUCUACAUGUCUAAAUGCAUUGAGUUGCAGCCAUUCGAUUGGCUGGUUAGCUAUUUGUGUUAACAGGCAAUUGAACAGAUGCACCUCAUACAGUGGCCGUUGAGUGGAUAUCUUUAUUAUUUAAAGGGCUUGUGUCCACCAUUAAAACAGUAAGGAAAAGCCUAAAUGUGCAACAGUAGUGAAACCAUCAUGUCAUUAAAUAUGUGGAUGCUGCCAUCUUGUGGUGUCUUUCUGCAGCGUCUCAUAAAGUAAGUACUGCAGAAAAAGUAGCAAGAAAUCAUUUACAUGCAGCUCCUUUACAAUCAAGUCACUGAGACAUGAACUAUGAGGCAGCAGGUGCAUUUCAAAAACUUUAAUAAUUGUGGAGUACUUGUCACAGUAAGUAUAAUAUAUAUGAAUAAAUUUGAGCGACUAAUUUCCCUUUACACGGAUUCACAUUUGAGAAAUAUAAAACCAAAGAAGUCAUCUUUGUCAUUUUCUGCAGUUUUUCCCGACAGCACUGACACAACUACCUCCCACUUUAUCUUCAUUAGCAACCCUCCCUACUGACGGUGUCAUUGUAGGACCAGUUGGACAAGCACUGAUUUACAGCAGCAGUAACAAGGUGUGUCUGCUUCUCGCUGCAGUCAUGGCUGAAACCUUUCAGAAAGCUGUGGAGGAAGUGAAGGAACUGCCAAAAAGACCAAAUCAGGCAGCUCUCACCCGACUGUAUGGGUUAUAUAAACAAGCCACAGUUGGUGAUGUUAACAUAGAACGUCCAGGGAUGUUGGACUUUACAGGAAAAGCAAAAUGGGAUGCUUGGGAAGCAGAGAAAGGUCUGACCAAAGAUGAAGCAAUGGCCGCUUAUGUUCAGCUGGUGGAGCAGCUAAAAGCCAAAUAUGUAAACUAAUGAGUUUUACUCCCAUUUGUUUAUCACAAGAAGCUUCAAAAAAGAAAAAAAAUGUAGAACUUU